AUGACACAGAAGUUUGAAGCCCUACAUGCAAAUCAUACCUGGGAUGGAGUGCCCCUGCCAAGUGGCAAGCAUGCCAUUAGCUGCAGGUGGGUAUAUAAGAUAAAGCACAAAGCUGAUGGAAUAGUAGAGAGGUUCAAAGCUUGGCUAGUAGAAAAAGGGUAUACUCAGCAACCUGACAUAAACUACAUAGAAACCUUCAGUCCUGUGGUAAAAAUGAUAACAGUGAGAGCCCUUAUAGCUACAACAAUAAAGAAGCACUGGCAUAUCUCUCAGUUAGAUGUGAACAAUGUAUUUAUUCAUGGAGACCUCCAUGAGGAAGUAUACAUGCAAAUGUCACCAGGACUAGAGAUCAACUCUCUAGGAUUAGUGUGCAAGUUGAACAAGUCCUUAUAUGAUCUCAAACAUGCAAGCAGACAGUGCCUCUCUACUCCCCUUAAUCCAAAUGAAAAGUUGAGAGCCAAAGAAGGAGCAUCUUUGCGAGAUCCUACCUACUACACGAAACUGGUGGGAAAGUUGAAUUUCCUCACCAAUACCAGACUGGACAUAGCCUUCAGUAUGCAACAUCUUAGCCAGUUUAUGCAAGACCCCAGGGAGCCACAUUUGAAAGCAGCUUUCUACUUAGUUAGGUAUCUGAAGAAUGAUCCAACUCUAGGAAUUUUUCUAUCAAAUGAUUCUGAUUGUAGCCUAAAGGGUUAUUGUGAUUCAGACUGGGCUGCUUUCCCAGAUUCUAGGAGGCAGAUUGAUGGUCGUGAAGUUAUCCAAUGCUUCCAUGAGGAACAGGUCUGCACGAGAGGUGAUGGGUUUUCGCCUAGAUCAAGGCAGCAAGACUUUGUUUACCAUCUCAAAUAG